GCACUCUCAAGCCAUCCACAGCUCCAUUCAAAGAGCUGAGAUCCGGAUGAGAGCCCUGUUCAGCCUCAUCCAGCACAGCAGAUCCGAGGUAAACUAAAACAAACUGCAGGGAAGGGCUUCAGGAGCCACUCCAGACUUGGGGAAUCACCUCUGGGAUCCUACUUUUGUCCCGAAGAGUGGAUUUAGGACGAGAGGGAGCAACUCUUUCGGAGAUAAAGAGGGGGCGACACCUGCAGCCACAAUGGAGGUGAAAACGUCACUUCUAGACAACAUGAUUGGGGUUGGCGACAUGGUCCUCCUAGAGCCCCUUUCUGAGGAAACAUUCCUCGACAACCUGAGGAACCGCUUUGACCACAAUGAGAUCUACACAUACAUUGGCAGUGUGGUGAUCUCCAUGAACCCCUACAGGUCCCUGCCCAUCUUCACGCCAGACAAAGUGGAGGAGUAUCGCAACAGGAACUUCUAUGAGCUGAGUCCACACAUCUAUGCUUUGGCAGAUGAGGCCUACCGUUCACUGAGGGACCAGGACAAGGAUCAGUGUAUCCUUAUCACAGGGGAGAGUGGAGCUGGGAAAACUGAGGCCAGUAAGCUGGUGAUGUCAUAUGUGGCAGCGGUGUGUGGGAAGGGCCAGGAGGUGAAUAAGGUCAAGGAACAGCUGCUGCAGUCCAAUCCCGUGCUGGAGGCCUUUGGAAAUGCCAAAACAGUGAGGAAUGACAACUCUUCCAGAUUUGGGAAGUACAUGGACAUUGAGUUUGACUUCAAAGGAGACCCGCUGGGUGGCGUCAUCAGUAACUAUCUGCUGGAGAAGUCACGUGUGGUGAAACAGCCAAGAGGAGAGAGGAACUUCCACGUCUUUUAUCAGCUUUUGUCUGGAGCCUCAGAUGACACACUUAAGAAGCUGAAGCUGGAUCGGGACUUCAGCAAGUACAACUACCUGAGCCUGGACUCUGCUGCGGUCAAUGGGCUGGAUGAUGCUGCCAACUUUAGGACAGUCAGAAACGCCAUGCAGAUCGUGGGCUUCAUGGAGGACGAGGUGCAGUCGGUGCUGGAGCUGGUGGCAGCCGUGCUGAAGCUUGGCAACAUUGAGUUCAAGCCGGAGUCGCGCUGCAACGGCACUGACGAGAGUCGCAUUAAGGACAAAAAUGAUUUGAAGGAGAUGUGUGAGCUGCUGGGAAUCGAACAAUCAGUGCUGGAACGAGCGUUCAGUUACCGCACAGUGGAGGCUAAGCUGGAGAAAGUGUCCACCACCUUGAAUGUGGCCCAGGCCUACUAUGCCAGAGAUGCCCUCGCCAAAAAUCUCUACAGUCGUUUGUUUAGCUGGCUGGUGACCAGAAUCAACGAAAGCAUUAAAGCACAAGCCAAAACUCGUCACAAGGUCAUGGGUGUGCUCGACAUCUAUGGCUUUGAGAUAUUUGAGGACAACAGCUUUGAGCAGUUCAUCAUCAACUACUGCAAUGAGAAACUACAGCAGAUCUUUAUUGAGCUGACCCUUCGAGAGGAGCAGGAGGAAUACGUCAGAGAGGGCAUCGAGUGGACCAACAUUGAAUAUUUCAACAAUGCUAUUAUCUGUGACCUCAUUGAGAAUCACCAAAAUGGCAUCUUAGCCAUGUUGGAUGAGGAGUGCCUGAGGCCCGGGACAGUCAGUGAUGAGACAUUCCUGGACAAACUAAACACUAUCUGUGCUGAACACCAACACUUUGAGAGUCGCCUCAGCAAGAACUCAAAGUUUCUGACUGACCACAGUCUGCCGCACAGCUGCUUCCGCAUACAGCACUACGCCGGAAAGGUGCUGUAUCGUACCGAGGGCUUUGUAGACAAAAACAACGACUUGCUAUACCGGGACCUGUCCCAGGCUAUGUACAAGGCCACCCACAGCCUCAUUAAGCAGCUGUUCCCUGAAGGCAACCCAGCUAAAGUCAACCUGAAGAGACCCCUAACUGCUGGAUUCCAGUUCAGAGCAUCAGUGGGGACGCUGAUGAGGAACCUGCAGACCAAGAACCCAAACUACAUCAGAUGCAUCAAGCCCAAUGACAAGAAGGCCCCCCACAUCUUUACCGACUCACUGGUCUGCCAUCAACUGCGCUACCUGGGCCUGAUGGAGAACGUCCGCGUAAGAAGAGCCGGGUACGCCUUCCGCCAAGCCUACGAGCCCUGCCUGGAGCGCUACAAAAUGCUCUGCAAACGGACCUGGCCUCACUGGAAAGGACCUGCCAGGGAAGGAGUGGAAGUGCUGAUGCCCGACCUCCAGGUCCCAACAGAAGAGUACGCAUACGGCCGCUCCAAGAUCUUCAUUAGGAACCCAAGAACGCUUUUCUUCCUGGAGGAAAGAAGGAAACAAUGUCUGGAGGACCUGGCCGCACUCAUUCAGAAGAUCUACCGCGGCUGGAAGUGCCGCAGCCACUUCCUGCUGCUCAAAGAGAGUCAGAUAGUGGUGGCUGCGUGGUACCGCCGAUUCGCGCAACAAAAGAAAUACAAGCAGAUCAAGAGCGCCACCACUGUUGUGCAGUCCUACACUAGAGGAUGGCAGGCACGCAAACUCCUGAGAGAGCUGAAAUAUCAGAAGAGAUGUGAGGAGGCAGUGACCACCAUCUCAGCCUUUUGGCACGGCACCCAGGCUCGGAUGGAGCUGAGACGUCUAAAACAAGAAGCGCUGAAUAAACACGCUGUGACAGUAAUUUGGGCAUACUGGCAGGGAACCAAGGCUCGCAGGGAGCUGAGGAGACUGAAGGAGGAGGCCCGGCGUAAGCAUGCUGUUGCUGUGAUUUGGGCCUACUGGAAGGGACUCAAGGUCCGCAGAGAGUACAGAAAGUUCUUCAGGGCUAACGCAGGCAAAAAAAUCUAUGAUUUCACCAUCCAGAGAAUCAUGCAGAAAUACUUCCUGGGUCUGAAGAGCACCGUACCUUCCAUGUCCCCCAUAGACAAGAACUGGCCCAGCAGGCGUUACCUCUUUCUGGAUGGAGCCCACACAGAGCUGAGGAGGAUCUUCCAUCUCUGGAGGUGUAAGAAAUACAGGAGCCAGUUCACAGAGGAGAAGAAGGCUGUUUACGAGGAGAAGCUGGAGGCGAGCGAGAUCUUCAAGGAUAAGAAGACUCUCUAUCCUAGCAGCGUGAGCCAGCCCUUUAAAGGAGACUACCUGGAGAUCAGCAAGAACCCCAAAUAUCAGAAACUCAACAGCGCUGUGGAUGAGAAAGUCCUGCUGGCAGAUGUGGUCAACAAGAUUAACAGGGCAAAUGGCAAGGGGACACCUCGAAUCUUCCUGUUGACCAAGAAGAGUGUGGUGCUGGCUGAUCAGAAGACAGGCCAGGUGAAGGCCAGCGUUCCUCUGCCGGACCUCAGCAGUGUGUCAGUCAGCACGCAGAACGACGGCUUCUUUGCUCUCAAACUCAAAGAGGGCUCAGCUUCAGCUAUCAAAGGAGACUUCUUACUCAGCAGUGAACAUCUGAUCGAGAUCAUCACCAAACUCCACCGCACCGGAGCCACAGCUGCAGAAAGAGAGCAGCUCGACAUCGACAUCUCGGACGAGUUCCUGGUGCAGUUCAAGCAGGACAAAGUCUGCGUCAAGUUCAUCCAGGCAGCCCUCAAGAACGGCAAUAGUGUCUCCUGCAAACGCAAGAACAACCGCCUGCUGGAGGUGUCGGUUCCUGUCAUGGCAUAAAGUGCAGCUCCCUCGCCAGUGCUGUUCCUGAGUGCUCAGAUGGGGGGCGCAGUUUGACAUCAUACCACCAUCUUUUCCAAUACCAAGAAACAUCACCACGUGCCCACCCUGAGCUCACAAGUGACAGUGCAGUUAUUUGGCUUGUUGUUGUGUUGUUGUUAUCCUUUCAGUCUCUUCCUCUUAGUUUUACUAUGGCACUAUUAUCGCUGUAACCUGAUGUAAUGUGCCACUUUAUGGCAGAGAAAGCCUGUAACCGGGUUGCAUGCCAUAGAAACUUGGUAAAAUGUUAUCACCGGUGUUUUUGUAACAUUCAAGUCACAAGUCGAAGACUGACGGAAGACGAAUCUUGGUGGAACACGAGAGACUUUGUGUAUGCCAGCAGUGACUUUGAUAAUGAUUGUUCUGCCUGUAAGUUGAAUUAGUCUUCAGAGAAAGAGUCAUCAUGAAGUUUGUGACAAGCGCCAGCCUCAUCUGGCCUUGAGUCAUCCAUUUUUAAGCAGCUCUGGCUUUAAGCAGAAGGCUUAAAACUGAAGGUGAAGUGGGAACUUUUGGGCUUGGCGCGACAGAAUUAGUUUCUCUGAAGAACUGAAGUACUGCACUUGUUUUUACCUCAGUGUAACCAAAAGAGGAUGACCUGAAAAUGAAUUUGAUUGUAUGUUCUAUUAUUUUCUAUAUUUUAUUUUUCCUCUGGGGGAAAAAAAAACAAUGGGAGGUUCAGAAUUCAAAUGUAAUUUGCUAGAUUAAUUGUUGAACCACUUUUCUAUCUGCAAUUCCUACGUGCCAUUGAACAGGUCCUGUGACAUGUAACCGGUCAGUUUAGAAAUACAAACACAGAAAAACAACGUAUGUUAGUGGCCCUGUUCAAAUUCUAUACUUUACAACACAUUGCCAAACAUUUUCAAACAGUGGUGAUCAACAUGUUGUGGCAAUUCUUGUGUUGAUAGCACUGCAAACGUAAUCAACUCCCAUUUCCUCGAUGAGCACAGUGAAAUUUGUGAUAAUCUUCAAGCUUUAUUUCAUCUACCAAUAGAUAAACCGAAUUCAUAUCCUUGAUGAAUAGAAUGUCAAAGACUUGAUCAAAGACCAGGACACCGAAGAGACACUUCAUUGGAAGGGGGAAAAAAAAGGACCAAUCAGAAGACACAAAGGUACCUGCAUCCUCCAAAAGUGGAUUCCAAGCUGUCCUCGGUGCAAAGUGGAAAAAGUUAAUCUUUUCUUUUGUGUGCAAUAAAUAAAAAUACUUUGUUCUUUUUUCCAAUGAAAAAAAACUCCAACAGAAGUGAGACCCCAAAGCAGUCGCCCUCACUGUGCUGUAAGCUGUACAUAGGCUCUAAAGGCCGCUGGCAUGGACGAAGGCUUUCUUUACUAUUCUAACUUUACUUGCUGUGUUUGUGAAAUCGCCGUUCUUGCCACUGCAGCUUGAGUUAUUGUAGUGCUUGACCCACUCUUACCUAAUGUGUAUUUUUAUUUUUCAAGGGGAAACGCCAAAUAUUAAAAUGCACAUGAAUGUAGAUUCAUGAUGUAUCUGAAGAAAUUGUAGUUACAGCUUUUUUGCAUCUUUCUAGUACAAGUACAGUAAACUUUGCUACACGUAUAUUUAUACAUUAGCUAAAUUAGAUUUUCGAGAAAGCGACAGAGUGCUAUAUUUCCAGGUAUGUUGACUAUAAUAACCUUUUUUUGGAUGUCAUGGUAGUGGGUUUUGUACUGUUGACUUGUAUAUCAACCAGAAUUUCCUCUGGUGUCUGUGGGAGAAGAACACAGCCAAAGUUGGUCUAGUCAUGUUUUGAUAUCUAGGCUACAUUAGUUUGUAAGUUGCUAUUGUAUUUUUUCAACGUCACACACGACACAGGGACUUCAGACAUGAGUUGUUGCUGUCCCUUGCACAGAACAGAUUACGCUGAAUGCUAUUUUUGAUGUAUUCUCUUCCUUGGCACUGCAAACUACUUCUCAAUGCAGUUUUGCAAAGGUGACAUCUUUCCCCCCUCUUCCCCCCUUUUUGUCUCUCUUCUCUGUUUCGUAUUUGAACAAUGGCUAGAUCUGCAAAAUGAUGUCUGCAUUCUUGUGUGCCUAAUGUCAACCUGUGCUGAGAGACAGAACAUAGAACUGUUUUAAUAGAACUCAGUGUAACAUUUACAAGUAAUCUUUUUUAAAUUAAAUAAAGUCAGUAAUAAAUAAACGUUGUUAUUCCGGGA